AUUUCCCAAUUUCUCUAACCGCUCCAGUUAGAUCUCCGAUUUCUAGAUUCUGAUCGAUCCAAAUCGGAGACGUGUUCAUUUGAAGAGUGAAGAUAGCAGAAAUGGACGCUGGAAUUGAACAGUUUGUGAGGGUAUCAUGUCGGCUAUCGGUUUCCCGACUGAACUAUCUGAUCGAUCUCAUCAAUGCAUGGUCGACGAACAGUAUCCAUUACGAUGAUGGUGUGGUUGUGGAGGCUGUAUACAAAUGGGUUCCGGGUUCUCUUGGACUUGAGUUGGUUGGGGAGGGAGGUGAAGGUGGCGGCUUUGGCGGAAAUAAUCUACAAGGCCUUGGUGGGAAUGAUCAGCAAGCCGUCCCAGCUGCAGUCGGUGAAGUUUCGGAUAAGGAAGAAGAUGAAGCCGCCUUAGAUGAAGAUCAUGAAGCUGGAGAUGACCAACAGAGCAAGAGAAAGCGAAAGAGAGAACAGAAGGAGGGUCAGGAGGAAGAGAAGGAGAAGAAAAUUCAGAAACUCUGAUAACUCGUCAGUACAUGAUGAUAAGAAGUAGUAGUGUUUUACUUGGAGUAUAGAAGAAUCCACAGACUCGAAAUUCGACCGCAGAGUAAAGAAAAUAUACUAGAUCUUGAUUCUUGCUUCUGUACGUUUCACAUUUCAAGAAAUAUAAGAACCUUGAUUUG